GGCGAGGGAGGGGGGCGGAUUUCAGGAGCUCUCCACCACAAACGUGUGUCCACACACCACAGGAAUGAAGCAAAAACAAACGGAUGCGUAACACAGUUAUUUCGCAAAACUUUGUGGUUUAUCGUCCGAAUUUGAGUGUUUUUCUCUCGCGGACUGGACAGGGAAAGUUUUUAUAUAUCUGAGGAGGAAUAGCGUUACCUGCCAGCAAACGGAACACACCAUCCGCAAACCGUCACACCUUCGGCUCAGCGUUUGAGUGCGCUGAGAACAUCGGAUCUGCUUUUGGACUGCAUUUUUUUGUUCGUUUCUUUUUAAAGGUGAAGGGACAAGUCCCUUGAAGUACGUAUAUUUUUCUUUUACAAAAUGAGUGUGGAUCUCUAGUUCUGUGCCCCGGUUCUUAGUAGGUUUGUGCGGAACAGCUUGAGAAAUAGUUUAGUUCCCGUAGACUGUUGUGUUGUUUCCCCCUUUUCUAUUUCUUGGAUGCUGGAAUUUAAAACUGACAGUCCCGUUCUCUCCUCAUGCCCAUGAAAACAACUCACGGAUGGUAAGGAUUCCAGAGAAUGGUAAAUGAUCGAUGGAAAAUCAUGAACAGUGUUUCAGAACUCGAGGAUGGACAGCAGCAUAAAUCGCAGAGGAUGAGCUGUAGUUAUCUCCUGUGCACCAUCCUGCUGUUCGUUGCCGUUUUACUGGCUGUGACAGUAACCGGGAUUAUCCUCCUCAUGAACCAUUACCAGGCUCCUAGUGGCCCUGACGGCCCUCCGCUCAUCAGCACCAAUCAGGAUGAGGGAAACGCCCUGGUGACCAUCGAGCGUGGGGAUGGCUCCCGCAUCAACAUCUUCAUCGACCCCAACUGUCCCGACUACAACAAUAACUUCCUGCGUCUGGAAGGGGUUCAGACCUCACUGCUGCACUCGCUGACCGACCACGACACUGAUCUGAAAUCAGUGAAAGGCCAGGAUCGGGCUCUGCUGGUCAAACUGGCCGAGGAGGUAGCCAAACUGUCUGCUCAUGCCAGCCAGCUGAAGAUGGAGUACAAUGCUUUGAGGCAAGGCCAGGGCAACAUCGGGCAGGAGCUCAGCACACUACAGACUGAACAGGGCAGACUCAUACAGCUACUGUCGGAAAGCCAGAUCAACAUGGUGAAAGUGGUGAAUUCGGUGAGCGACGCGCUCAGCUCCAUGCAGAAGGAAAACGGAAACAUCAAGAGCCGUCUCAAGGCAGAUCUGCAGAGGGCUCCGGUGCGCAGUGUCCGGCCCAAAGGCUGCGCCGCUGGAGAGGGUUCCAGACCCAGAGACUGCAGUGACAUCUAUGCCAGCGGGCAAAGAGAGGAUGGCAUCUACUCGGUGUUCCCCACGCAUUACCCAGCAGGCUUCCAGGUCUUCUGUGACAUGACUACUGAUGGAGGCGGAUGGACGGUGAUUCAACGCAGAGAAGAUGGCUCAGUUAAUUUUUUCCGUGACUGGGAAGCCUAUCGUGAAGGAUUUGGCAAGAUAACAGGAGAGCAUUGGCUUGGCAUGAAACGAAUCCAUGCACUUACUAUUCAAGCCAACUAUGAGCUGCGGAUUGACCUGGAGGACUUCGAGAACAGCACCUCCUUUGCGCAGUACGGCUCUUUUGGAGUGGGUUUGUUCUCGGUUGACCCAGACGAGGAUGGUUACCCACUGAGCAUCGCUGACUACUCCGGCACCGCAGGCGACUCGCUGCUCAAACACAACGGUAUGAAAUUCACCACCAAGGACAAGGACAACGACCACUCGGAGAAUAACUGCGCGUCCUUCUACCACGGCGCCUGGUGGUACCGAAACUGCCACACGUCCAACCUGAACGGACAGUACCUGCGCGGCCAGCACACUUCAUACGCCGACGGCAUCGAGUGGUCGUCCUGGACGGGUUGGCAGUACUCCUUGAAGUUCACCGAGAUGAAGAUCAGACCGACCAAGGAGGAGAAUAAAUGAGCGAGAACUAGAAAACACGAGAGGACUCAAAGAUGGCUGUAGGUGUUAGAGACACUCAAUGCAGAAACUUUCCAGCAACGACUCUUCUUUCUUGAUCAUAUUUCUGUUUUCGAUCCCUGUUUUCCUAUCAUCUCGUAGUGUUCGUGCUGACGCCGCUGUUUUUUCUCUUGAUCUACGAUUCACACAUCUCUGAAUAUUAUUGCAGGUAUUGUCAAAAAAUGUGCUACUGAGAAAAAAAAAUAGUUGUUGUCUUAAAAAAUGAUAAAAAUGACACAAAAAAAAUCUGUAGCUGUUAAAUUUAGCAAGAACGUGUAGCUUUUCAUAAAAAUAAAGACUUUUAACUGGUCUCGGACAUCUGGCGGAGAGGCAGCUUUGUCUUCUGUUAUUUUUGGUUCAGUGAUUAAUCAAUAACUCGUAGUUAAACGUGACAGGGUUGCUAUUGGUGUGUCCGGUCACUGCUGUAAUAUCUGGGAGGUAACUAGGUUUUCCCGUGUGUCGAAUAAAUACGUUAUUGACCACCAGAGAUGCUCAAAGAGAAUAUGUGUCACGGUGGUGGCUUUUAGAGUGAUGGGCCGAUACUGGCACAUUUUUCACUCUGACAGGUCAGUCGGAGGAAGGUUUAUCAAUGGAAAAGCUCAGAAAACACAAUAACCCUGUGGGGUUGCAGGCAGUGUUGGAUUUUAUCUUAUGCACGGUAUAGGCUAGGUUCACCUGAAAUCACAAUGAGAUGGAUUGACUGAGCUUAAGGCUUAAUCUUUGGAGAAGAUCUGGGAAUUGAACUUGGGUUGAACUUCUGAACAGACUGACUUUUCUCUUUUGACUGUCAGAUUGUCAUUGGUUUGCCCGUAUGUUAUUGUGUAUUCAUUUAAUGCCCUUUGUUUUAGAUCGAUUGUGACGUUCUUCAAAUGUUUCAAUAAAAGGAAUAGUUUACCUGAAAAUUUAAUAGAAAAGAUGUUGAUGGAUAUGUUUUCACUUGGUGAAUGAAGCGAAAAUUUUACUUUGUGUCUUGCGUAGAAGUAUAAGUUUAUAAAUAAAAUGGCUUAAAGGGAUAGUUCACACAAAAUUAAAAGUUACUCACUUUUUACCCACUCUAAAGUGGUUUUAUACCUUUAUGAGUUUCCUUUUUUCUGUUGGACAC